UGCAACCUCACCAACUAAGGUCAAAUUCGACUAUAAAAGUUUGAAGACGGUCGAAAUCCCACAUCAUUCACUUAUCGCUUCUCUGGUCAAGUUGUCAACCCACAAAAACUGCAAAAUGUUCAAAUUGACAAUUGUUGUUUUGGCUGCUGUUGCUUGCGUUUGCGGCAAACCAGGAAUUGUUGCUCCAAUCGCAUAUAGUGCUCCAAUUGUAGCUGCUGCCCCAGCUGUGGUUACUGCCACAAGCUCCCAGGUUGUUGCUCGCAAUUAUAAUGGAAUUGCUGCUGCUCCAGUCGUUGCAGCCGCCCCUGUUGUCGCUGCUGCUCCAGCUGUAGUAACUGCCAAGAGCUCCCAAGUUUUUGCCCGUAAUUACAACGGAAUCGCCGCAGCUCCGGUUGUUGCUGCUGCUCCAGUUGUAGCGGCUGCUCCAGCUGUAGUUGCCGCGAGAAGCUCCCAAAUAGUUGCCCGUAACUUCAAUGGAAUUGCUGCUGCUCCCCUUAUUGCAGCUGCUGCUCCCGUUGCUUACACUGCUCCAGCAAUCGCUGCACCAGUAGCUUACUCGGCUUCUCUCCUUUUAUAAUUUAUAAUAAAAUAA